AUGUCUGAACCUCAGCAACUUCAUAUAUCUUUGACAGAUGAUGCGACGCAUGCACGGGUGCAAUUUGCGACUCUGGGCAAAAUCCAGGAUUCUGUCUUAGCUUACUGGCCCAAGAGAGAAUAUCGUAACUAUCAUCAUCGGAGCAAUCGUGCCUCAAAGAACAAAAUCUUUCUUAAAGGCGAGAACUGGGUAUUUACUGAUGGUGGGUUGGCUAAGCGUGAAUUAUAUCUUCAUAAGUUUAAGACACAUGCUCUUAUACCCGCCACUAUUUAUGCUUACCAAGUAGGAUCUGUUAUGGAUAAUAGAAUCCGGUGGUCAAAAACUUAUGAAUUCCAUACCGCGCCAGAGACAAAUGAGUUCAGCUUCCUUGCCACUGGGGAUGUAGGUGCAUGUAAUGCUGUCGCAGUAUCACACUUGAUUGAAUUAGGCAAAACACACAAGUACGAUUUUGUCACGCUAGCCGGCGAUCAAGCAUAUAACAUGGAAGAUUUUAAUGGCACCAAAGGUGAUGAAUAUAUGAAUUUUAUGCAAGACUUGUAUGCUCAGGUACCUUAUUUGGGAGCUGUCGGUAAUCACGAGGGUGCUUAUAACUUCACACAUUACAAAAACAGGUUCAACAUUGUACCUUACACUGAAUCCAAGUUUGAUAAUUCUAUGUUUUAUUCUAUAAAUUACAAGUCGCUUCAUUUGGUUUCAUUUUCAACUGAGGUUUACUUUACUGGUAGCACAGCGGAAAUUAGAACAGCUUUAAACUGGUUAGAGGCCGAUCUUACUAAGGCUAAUAAAAAUAGAGAAGAACGGCCUUGGAUUAUCUUUCUCACGCAUCACCCUAUAUAUUGCUCUGUUGUAAGUGCCGAUUGUACCACCAAAGCUUCUAUUAUAAGAGAUGGUGUAAUCGGUGCUAAUAAUAGAACCUGGGGCGGGCUCGAAGACAUCUUGCUUAAGCACAAGGUUGAUAUUUAUAUGAGUGGUCAUGUACAUAACUAUGAACGGACGUACCCCGUUUCAAAAAAUAAGCGCAUUGCUACAUCAUACCAUAAUUCACCCAGCUUCUUUCAAAUUGUAAUUGGUAACGCCGGUCAGCCAGAAGGCGCUACACCAUUUGGUCCAGGUCCUUAUAACGAUUGGUCUGCUAAACGGUAUGGUAGUUACGGCUUUUCCACGUUUGACGUCUCUCGUACAGCUAUUCAUAUCACCCAUUAUCAAGCUCAUACAGACGGCAGCUUAGGUGAUGUUAUUGAUAAAUUCAGCGUUACAAAAGACCCUUAUCGUAUAAAAUCCAAAAGAAAUUGUAAAGCUUGA